AUGUCUCCCCUCUAUGCUUUCCUGGCAAACGGAACCCUUCCUACCGAUAAGUCCAAGGCUCGGAAGCUCCGUUACCGAUCGGCAAGAUACACGGUCAUCAACGAUGUUCUGUACAAGCGAGGCUACACCACACCGUAUCUAAAAUGCCUAACCAAGGAGCAGGGGGACUACAUCCUUCGGGAGGUCCACAGCGGAGUAUGCGGUGACCAUUCGGGAUCCCGAUCGCUCGCACACAAAGUCUUCCGACAAGGAUAUUUCUGGCCGACUCUGCACCAAGAUGCGAACAUGUUAGUCAAGAAGUGUGACAAAUGCCAGCGGUUCGGUAGCGUCCCUCAUGUUCCUGCCGAGCCGCUCUCACCGAUUGUGAGUCCAUGGCCAUUCGCCCAAUGGGGGUUAGAUCUAAUUGGUCCAAUGCCAGAGGGCAAGGGUCAGGUCAAAUAUGCUGUGGUUGCCGUGGACUACUUCACCAAAUGGGUAGAAGCCAAAGCCUUAGCGACGAUAACGGCAGCCAGAAUCGAAGAUUUCGUCUGGACGAACAUCUGUUGCCGAUUCGGAUAA